UGAAUGAGAGAUAUUAUUAGUUCGCAUUCCUAGACACAAAGAAAAACAAACAAAAAUGAAAACUACUGAGUUCUCUUCUUCUUCCUCGCCAAGCGAUCGCAGGAUCGGUGCUCUGCUCCGUCAUCUCACCGCUGGGACAGAUUUUCCGAUUACAGAUCGUCUGAGCUCCGUUUUCGCGUCGCCUACGUCGGGAGUCACCGGCGGUUCUGUUUUCGCUCAUCUUGUUCAAGCUCCCGAGGAUCCUAUUCUUGGGGUGACAGUUGCAUAUAACAAAGACCCAAGCCCAAUUAAGCUGAAUUUGGGAGUUGGUGCUUACCGAACUGAGGAGGGAAAACCUUUGGUUCUUAAUGUUGUGAGGAAAGCAGAGCAGCAGCUUAUCAAUGACAGAUCACGAAUCAAGGAGUAUCUUCCCAUUGUUGGGUUGGUUGAGUUCAACAAGUUAAGCGCUAAGCUCAUAUUAGGCGCUGACAGUCCUGCGAUACGGGAGAACCGGGUUACUACGGUGGAGUGUUUGUCUGGUACUGGUUCCCUGAGAGUUGGAGGGGAGUUUUUGGCCAAGCAUUAUCAUCAGAAAACAAUUUAUAUUACUCAGCCAACAUGGGGAAAUCACCCGAAAAUUUUCACACUGGCUGGUUUGUCAGUGAAAACUUACCGCUACUACGAUCCGUCAACACGAGGGUUGAACUUUCAAGGUUUAUUAGAAGACCUUGGUGCUGCACCACCUGGUUCUAUAGUGCUUCUCCAUGCCUGUGCUCAUAACCCAACUGGUGUUGAUCCAACCAUUCAACAAUGGGAGCAAAUCAGGCAAUUGAUGCGUUCAAAGGGAUUGAUGCCAUUCUUUGAUAGUGCUUAUCAGGGCUUUGCGAGUGGAAGUCUGGAUACAGAUGCAAAACCGAUUAGGAUGUUUGUUGCAGAUGGCGGAGAAUGCCUCGUUGCUCAAAGUUAUGCAAAGAACAUGGGGCUCUAUGGAGAAAGAGUUGGAGCUCUCAGCAUUGUAUGCAAAUCAGCAGACGUUGCGGGGAGGGUUGAGAGCCAGCUGAAACUAGUAAUAAGGCCAAUGUACUCAAGUCCUCCGAUUCAUGGUGCAUCUAUCGUGGCUGUAAUCCUCCGUGACAGGAAUUUGUUCAACGAAUGGACGCUAGAGCUGAAGGCAAUGGCUGAUCGUAUCAUCAGCAUGAGAAAACAGCUUUUCGAGGCAUUACGUGCUCGAGGCACGCCUGGAGACUGGAGUCACAUCAUAAAGCAGAUCGGUAUGUUUACAUUCACAGGGUUAAACCCAGCUCAAGUCUCCUUCAUGACUAAAGAGUACCACAUCUACAUGACAUCCGACGGGAGGAUAAGCAUGGCUGGUCUGAGUUCAAAAACAGUACCGCACCUUGCAGACUCAAUCCACGCUGCUGUCACCAAAAACGUCUGAAAAAUCUCACAACACCACCACGCCUACGGGUUAAAUGGUUAUUCCUAAAUAAAUGAUCUCAUUCUGUUUCUUUUUUAUAGCAUUCCCGACAGUGAAAGAUAAAUGUCAUGAUUAUUUCAUUAAAUAAACGACGCAAGAGAGUUCUGCGUCUCUUCUAUAUUUCAUUAGUGCACUAUUUUUGUUUCUAAUCACAGCCAUUACAUU